UGUGCGGGGGGAAAUGUUUUUCGGCGGAUUCACCAAUUUCAAAUCUGGACAGAGACAGAAAAAAAUGUAUGUGCAGUAAGCCACUUAAUUUCAAUCUAAUGUCGGUAGACGGUAGUUAACACUGAAUGAAUUUCGGUGGGAGAAGUUCAGUCCGCCAGAACGUGUUUAUGUCCUCGAAAUAUGCAUUUUAAAUUUCACUGAGACAGAAUGGUUUUUAUGAACGAAAUUACUUCCCUGCGAGUCACGUUUGGGGGCGUGGCCGAAGUCUCUUAAAUGCUGCUGGCGCGAAAUGUUCAGUGGAGAAAUCACGUUACAGCAGACCACGAACAAGCCACCUGUCCCCGUGGAGUCACCGGCGUCCUCUGCGUUUGAACCAAAGGAAAUUAACUUGUCAACUGCAAUAAGAAUUAAUAAAAGGCCGCUGGACUAAGCAGAUUUCAAGACGGAGUCUACGUCGGCCCGGCUUUCAACAAGAUGGGCAGGGCAGGGAGAGCUAAAGGCGGAUUACGCACUGGCAGCGUUUCUCUGCUGUAGGAGAACUCUGGUAAGCAGCAGGACCUGGUAGCAUGUGAAGGGCAAGCCAAAUUUGUGCCACGACAACACGGCAAAGUCCAGCAAGAAGGCCUCAGUGUUCCUGGACACCAGCCUGGCACCUGACAGGUGGAUGCAAUGCACAGCACCACAGGUGCGCUGGCUGUGAUUGGUGUGUAUUUGAUGUUCGGCUAUGGCGCGUCGCUCCUCUGCAACCUGAUUGGGUUUGUGUACCCUGCAUACGUCUCUAUCAAAGCCAUCGAGAGCUCAAAUAAAGAGGAUGACACAAUAUGGCUGACCUACUGGGUGGUGUACGGAGUCUUCAACCUGGCAGAGUUCUUCUCGGACAUUUUCCUCUUCUGGUUCCCCUUCUACUAUAUAGCAAAGUGUGUGUUCUUGCUCUGGUGCAUGGCGCCGGUGUCCUGGAACGGCUCUAACGUGGUGUACCAUCGCUUGGUGCGCCCCUUCUUCCUGGAGCACCAGGCCACCCUGGACAAGGUGGUGAACGACCUCAGCAGCAAAGCCAAGAGCGCAGCCGAAAACGCCGGCAAGGAAGCUGCCAAAAUGAUGAUGAGUCAUGAGAAGUCUCAGUGAACUGUGGAUAGCCUGGAAACCUGAAAAAUGGAUCCCUAUUUUACCUGGAAAUCAUCUACCCCCCCCAAGUUAUCCGUUUGGUUCUUCUUUUUGGUCCAUAUAGAAUAAAGCUGGAAGUUGUUGGGAAACCUCAGGUUUACUGACAAAAGGACUUCAUCAUAAUCUCUGUUGGUUUUUUUUCCUUUUCUUUUCUUUUUUUUGUUGAUUGUUAGCCAAUCGCAGACUGCCCAGGUGCUGUGACAUCAUCAGGCAGCUCCCUGUGGUUCAGUCACUCUUGAGUAACCACGGGAACUGGGAGCCAGCUGUGAUCUGGCUAAGAGAGGGGCGGAGCUCUGCCUCUGUGGUUUAAUCGUUUCUCAGUGUGAAAUGCCAUAUUCAGGCCUCAGGGAGAGCCACCUAAACACUGAGAACUUUGCUGGUGAAGUGCAUUGUGGGGUGGUGAGUCAUCCAGCUGAAAACUUUCCUGGUGAACUGCAUUGUGUGGGAUAGCUUGUAUGCUCAGUGUCCGCCGAAGCUUUUUUUGUGAGAUUUUUAGAGUGGAGUGCUCCGCAUAACUGAUGUGUGUACAGAAGAACCGUACUAACGGGUUCAGGCUUAGGGGCUGACUCUACGUGCUGCCUGUAAUGAGUGCCCCUUGUCAGCAGCCACCAAAGAGGAAGAGCGAUCAGUUUCUCGGAUUUGAGGCAGAAGUUAACUGGAUUUUUGUAACUGUAGGUAGGAAGUAUUAACGUGUGUCAUAAGCUCAGCGCUAAAACGGGAUGAUAGAUUAAUAUACGGUGUAAGUGCUGAAGACAUGGGCCUUUACUCCACUUCUCUUUUUUGUUGUUUGUUUUUACUGUGAUUUUAAUUUUUUUCUUUGGUUGGUUUUCUAAUAUCAGCUGUGAAUGAGAGAGAGAGAGAGAGAGCGAGAGGGAGACACUCACUCUAAAUAAA